CAAAAUUUGCUCGGGAGCAAAUACACCUGAUUUCACGCAUAGCAGCUUGUUCUGGAACUGCAGGGGCGUUAGAUUAAGAUUUUAAGGAUUACUCAACGGUACAUAUAGGCUAAUCGUCGUGAUUUUUGGCAUGUAACGUCAAGUGCUUGACAUGAUUAAGAAACUUUCUGAAGUGGUAAAGAUACUAUCUGAAGCAGUAUCACACGUGUCCCAUGGCAUCUGUUCAUAGAACAGACAAGUUCCCAAACAGUGCAGGGGUAUUUGACCUACUUAUUGAUUGUAUUCUGUUAAGUACAUAAAGUACGAAUGUCUGUCUGCCGUUCCAUUCAAGUAUGAAAGAGCUUUUUUCCCUUUUCUUUGUUCCUGUGUGGGAAAGUAAGGAGCUCCCGAGGGGCUUAGCUCGCCUAAGAGUGAUUUAUCCGCUAAAAGGAUGCAUGGCUUACCGGCCUGUCGUCGACGACUUCUCAGAAACCUUUACAUCUACGUAUAUAACGAUUAUCAAACAAGAACAUUUUCAUCAGGUUGGUAGAAAAUAGGAUAUUGGGAUUUUCUUAUACACAACCAGGUAAGCAAAGUAGGAACAAUACCUGUAAUUUUAUGUAAGAAAAUCCGAAUAUCUUUAGAAAAGUUUAAGGUGAUUAUACGGCUUGUCAAAACUCGUUCCUUCUUAAUACUCCUGUGAAACCCAAGCUGCCAUGUGUUAAAAUCAUGACAGCAGGUGGUCUCUGAAAAACAGAGCAACCAUGGGAGAACUGUGCUCAAUACAUAAUCUCUGAAAAUACCCUGCCUACUUUUUUUUUAUGUUGUCAAAUUUUUUUAUCUUCACUGUUCGUUACAUUAUAUACCCGCGGUCUCAAAGAGCUCACUAAAGAAGUUAAAUAAGUUAAUUCCAAAUCAUCCUUGAUAGUAAAGAGUGGACGCAGGAGGCAACAAAAGGUCGCUGGGAAUUACCAGCCUUUCCUGAUGACGUCGUUACGGACCCCACUGUGACUUCCGGGUUUGGUGUAUAAAACAUGGAGUGUGGUCUGCAGUGUGGUUACUUUUUGCCGUGAGCUCACGCUGAUAUACACAUCAUAGACAUGUGGAGCCCGGUCUUGCUGAUGGUCCUCGCUUCGGCAGCGCUAGACCACGCCGCCGGCCUUGUGGUCACAGGGACCUGCCAGAAUGACGCCCAGUGCAUCGCGGCGAGGGAGGAGGCGGGUUCCUGCUGCGCGCUGUGGAGCCCGGGCUCGGACCUGCACGUCUGCAAACCCGCCGGCAGGACCGACGAACCCUGCCACGCAGCCUCCAACGUCUUACCAUAUCCAUUCAACGGGCAGAGGCGGUUCUGGAGGUGUCAGUGCGCGGAGGGACUACGUUGUGCCACCGAACCGGGCAGUUUGAUCGGCCGCUGCACGUCAGCAGACAAGUGAACGGGUUCGACGUUUACAUGGUACAACUGGUUUCUCUGGGAAGGAAAAGUGGCAAAUGAUACAAAUCCGUAUUCAUAGCAUUGCAUGCCCGCGGACAUAUAGUACAUGUAUUCCCAAGAUUGCAUUACAUAUAGUACAUGUAUUCCCAAGAUUGCAUUACGGGAUUCUGCGUUUACCCCGUAUUAAUGUAUUGACAAACACUUUGUGUAUGCACAGUUUGGCCAUACGUCCACCCUCUUACAGCUGGUCUUGUAGGAGAUUAGAAGCCAGACGUCUGGCAAACGUUUGUAAGCUUAUUCAUGUCAAAGAACAACUAUUUAUAUAAUGAUGUAUAUGGUACUGGACAUUUAUUUGAUUUCAAGAAUAAAAGACUUAU